CCCGUGUGUGUGGUAACAUGUAACCGCUGUGACACUGCUGCAUGUGCGCCAGCGCAAGUUCACUAACAAAGCCCACCAGACCCACGGCGGUUUAUUGAAACGAUAUCUGCUCUGAUACGACAAGCGAACGGUUGACUGAUUAUUCUCCAUCUCUGAAUGAAGUCCUGCUCACAAGGAGCCGAGGCGAGAGGACGCGACUGCUAUUGAUGACAUUGAGGAGACUAAAAUGGGAGAACAUCACUGGAGCCCUGUCAGUGAAGAGAGAGAUACAAAGGCGACUGACAACCGACAGCCAUUCGAAAAUAGCCGAGCGGAUGCUUUUCAGUGAUCGUUUUACGGCAAAUGUCUUCUAUUCAUUGGUUAUUUUUGCAUGAGAUUUGUACCGUAGAGAAACCAGCGCCACUUUUAGUCCGCGGUUCACAAUGGAAUUAUGACAGCGGUGAAUUCCAGCUGUUUAUCAUUGUUCGCAUGAAAAGAAGAUGCACAUAAUUUGGCCCGUGCCUACUAACAGUGACUCAAGACAAGGUGUGAACAGUGAUUAAACAGUCAUCAGACUUUCACGCUGGUGUUGGGGAUACCUGAAAAACUACAAAUGCGUCAUCUCCCACAUUGUCUCUGUCAACAUGCCCACCUUACCACCUCUGGGCAGUAACUCCAGCACAGUGCCCUGGGACCCUGGCUCACCCCUGUCGCCGUCUCUGGUGAACAGCACGGUAAAGAUGGUGGUCAUAUCGGCAAUCGUGUGCACAUCACUUUUUGGAAACGUCGUGGUGCUGCUGGUAUUCCAGCGCAAGCCACAGCUGCUCCACGUCGCCAACCGCUUCGUGCUUAACCUGCUCCUGGCCGACCUUCUGCAGACGGUGCUGGUCAUGCCCUUCGCCAUCGCCGCCACCGUGCCCGAGGUCUGGCCACUGGACGCCCGCCUGUGCCUGGCCCUUGUUGUGCUCAUGCACCUGUUCGCAUUUGCUGGCGUCAACACCAUCAUCGUGGUGUCCGUAGAUCGCUACCUGGCCAUCAUCCACCCGCUGUCCUACCCCACCCGAAUGACUCCUCACCUGGGUACCAACCUGAUUGCUUUCACCUGGCUUCUCAGCGUGCUUCAGAGCACUCCGCCACUAUAUGGAUGGGGAACCAUCGAAUUCGACCGCCGCCAUAAUGCCUGCACUGUUGUGUGGUCCUCUAGCUACUCGUAUUCAGCCCUGGUGUCCGCACUUUCAUUCUGGCUGCCCGUGAUCAUCAUGCUUUGCUGCUACUGGAUGGUGUUCAGGGCGGCAAGGAGGCAGAAUGCUCUCGUUCACCCCAUACAAUCCAACCACCCUCCGGAUUGCCAAGCGUCCUGUUCCAGCCCCCAAAGGCAGCAGCCUCAAUCAGAAGGACCUUUUUCGGCCUCUUAUCCCAUCAGAACCCGCCACAGACGCUUCCACUAUCACUGUAAGGCGGCGCGAGUGGUGUUUGUCAUCAUGGCAUCUUACGUAUUCAGCAUGGGCCCAUACAGCGUCCUGAGCACGAUAUCCAUUUACUCCAGCUCAGCGGUGCCACCCUGGUUGGCCUCGAUGGCGCUCAUUCUCUUCUUCCUGCAGUGCAGCUUACACCCCUACAUCUAUGGGUACAUGCACCGCAGCGUACGCAAGGAGUUCCUGGCGCUGCUCUGUGGGCCGCUGUGUGGGCAGGGCCGGGUCAGUCAAGGCUCCGCCGUGGAUAGCUGCUUCACGGUGACAGACGGGCGUCUGGCGCACACCCACCAUUCAAGCCAGAAUGCCCGUGUGUACCCUCUCCGCACCUGGGAGGAAGGCACAACGUCUUCUUCCCCUACCGAGAGGAGGUCUAAAGACAGCCGAAAAGAGACCACCUCUAUCAGUCUGAGCUCAGAGAAGGAGCUCACUGUGCACAGCUACACUAACAAGCAACCUAAGGAAACACCUUAAGGCAAAUUCUCAACAUAUUUCUAUCAGUGUUUGGGGUAUGUUCAGCAUUUGGUUUUGGUCAAAUCAAAUACUGUGCCUUCAAACACAAGUUUACUGAAUGCAUUGUAAACAUGUGCUAGCUACGCUAUGGACCUUCUACGAUUACAGUUAGUUUGUACAAAAACAAUAUUAUAGGCAUCAGAAAAGCCUAGCUAACAUUCUUGUCAAUUAAGAUUUGUAUAAAAAAAAAUA